ACACAAUAGAACUACCAUCUGUCUAGAACACGUCGAUUGAUUUCCUCCUCUUCUAUCGCUCUGCUAUAUCGCUUUAUCCAAUUCAUCGAGACCAUGCGCUUUUUCGCCUGACACUUAGCCGCCGUUUUGUUUGUUCUGCGAUCCGCUUGGUCUUCUCGCCGACCCUUUGUUUACCCCUCCCCUCUCUUUCGCUUCGUUUGUGAGCCGGCUCGACCAGAAUCAGAAUAACCAUCAUCGAGAUAUAGUCGCCAGCAUGGUGUCCGAGGAGAUUCUGGAAAAAUGUCUGCAGAUUCUGCAGGAUGAGACCCUUGACGAUGAGGAGCAGGUCGAAAAGGUCGAGGACGUCCUGCGCUCCCACACCUCGCUGUCGGGCCCCCCGCUCGAGAACGCCGUGCUGGAUAUCCUCUGGCGCCAUCGAAACCGCUCCCUACCCGAUUCCUCGCCGCCUCCCCCGCGACAUACGGUCAUCCGUCGUUCUUCACCGGCCCCCUGGCAGAUGGCGCGCGCUGCCACCCCGCUGUCGCCCCCUUCUAACCUAGGCACUAGCCCGGCCUCCUCCUCCUGGCUGCCGGGGUCGCGGGGCGGCCUCGUUCGCCCACCACGGUCCUCGACGGCAUCGCCGUUUACCUCGCCGCGCCCAUCACCACGCCUAGCCCUGGCGCACCCUAUUCCACACUCGCCCAAUCUGAACGCCUACGAGUUCUCCGACCAGAGCCAGGUUUUCGACUAUGGCUACGGCGAUUUCGGCAGCGACAGCAACGUCGACUGGCUCGUUGGUGACGAUGCCCGCAGUACGACCUCGUCGAUCGGUGGGCUCAGUGCUACUGCUCCCGAAUUCGUUCCGGACAUGAGUCCUCAUGAUAUUCUACGCACCGUCCUCGGGGACAAGCGGUCCAAUGAUGAAAUCGAGACCGCCCUCGAAGCCCACAGCUAUGACCUCGGGGCCACUAUUGCUGCGCUCACGCAGCCUAAUGACAGCGAGGCAGAUUCUUAUCUGAGCCCGCACAAUCCCCAAGACCAUCACCGCAUUGUCGUCGGCAAGUCCAUGGCCGUCGAUCAGGCCUCCACAAUGGCCCCCGCGGUGCACAACCGCAGCCCCGUCGUGUGUAAAUACUGGCUGUCCACAGGCCAGUGUUUGCGUGCUGACUGUCGCUUCAGUCACGAUCUGACCAACCAUCUCUGCAAGUACUGGAUCAUGGGUAACUGCCUUGCCGGCGACGGUUGUCCCUUUUCACAUGAUCCCUCCGCUCUGGUCGCAAACAUCAGCCUGACAGACGUGUCAUCUUCUCAACCGUCAUUCCAGAUCGAUACCACGUCGGAUGCGUUCCCGCCUCUGCAGACCACCGCACCGGGGGCAGCCGAACCCUGGUCCUCAGGUCAAUUUCUCGGCCGCUAUCCUACCCCAACCUUUGUUCCCGGCAAAAAUGGAAGUUCUGGGCUACAUGUGGGCAGCGCUAGCCGACGUAAUGGUACCGUGCACUCGCGUCCGGCGAGUCGCCAUCAACAUCGUGACAACAAUAUUACCCUGACAGCGCCAUCAGUCGAUGACCCAGACGCCUUUCCCACACUCGGCGCCGUGGGCACCAAAGGUGCUGCCGGCAACAAGAAACACCAUGGAAAGCGCGGCGCACACCACAGCCGGGAGAGCCUGAACAAAGAGAAUGCACCGGCCUCGCUGGCGGAUGUGGUCCGCAUGUCACCUUCUCCGAGUGCCUCCAAAACACGGCCAGCCUCGCGAGCCGGCAAAGACUCCGCACCCAAGGGCCGUGAGCACAGCGUUGCAGCGCAGUCUAUUCCUGCACCCAAGAAUAUUCCGUGGUUGGAAACCGGCUCGCGGGCUAACCGACAGUACAUCAAAUAUCGCACCGAGGCUAUCCGUCAUGGCACGGUGCGCAACAAAUUCCUGCAGAGUGCCGCACAAGCCUGGAAUCGUAACGAUGCCCGCGCUGCCAAAGCGCUGUCUCUACGCGGGCAAGCCGAGAACGAAGCGAUGCGCAAAUGCCACCGAGAAGCGGCACGGCAGCUGUACGAAGAGCGCAACCAGCACCUCCGCAGUGCGGGGCUAGACGAAGCAACAGAGGAACUCUACGUCGAUCUACAUGGCCUGCACCCGGAAGAAGCGAUCGAGUACCUAGAGAAGAUUCUACUGCAACACGCACGGGCUGCAGACGGGCGGCGCGUCGUGUACGCUAUCACAGGCACAGGCCAUCACUCGAAGAACGGCAAGGACAAGAUCGGUAAAGCCGUCAAAGCCUGGCUGAAUGAGUGGAAGUAUCUGUUCCGCGAGUUCAGCGUCCCUGGCGAGCGCGGUGGAUACGUCGGUGGGAUCCUCGGCAUCGACCCUGCAAGCUACGACAAGAAGCUGGCUGCUAGCGGCAGCGGCAGCAGCAAUAGUACCAGUACCAGCACUGAUCGCUUUGCAGGCGAGGGUAGCGACGAUGGAACCACUGCUGUGCCAGUUCUGACCAUGGGCAAGAUCCAGCUUUUGAAGCGCGAUGAUUGAGUAUAUUUGCCCCGAGCAUAGCGUGCUUUGUCAUUUUGCAGAUAUCCUCUUAAUCGAGCAGAUAUAUAGCGAAGUAGUAAUACUAGCACAACAGUACAUAAACCAUUUUGAUUAUAUUCACAUUAAAAAGGGGUCCAACUAUUCUGGCUCCUCCCCCUUCCACUUCUCUCGUACAGCGAACACGUCAAACCCGCACUCCUCCGCUCGCCGGACGACCCCCCUCGCCUUCUCUG